AUGGAGAGUGAACAUUUUACAGAUUUUACACCUGUCGCUAAGGUGACAUUAAAAGAUUUAAAUUCAAAGAUAAUAAAGACCCAAUAUGCCGUCAGAGGGCCUAUACCAGCAAGAGCAGAAGAGCUAAAGUUACAAUUAGAAAAAGAUCCAAAAUCUUUACCAUUUAAUAAGAUAAUAAAUGCUAAUAUAGGCAACCCUCAACAACUGGGACAAAAACCCUUGAGUUUUAUCAGAAAAGUAUUAUCAAUACUUCAAUAUCCUGAUAUUCUAGAAGAUGAAUCCAAACUACAAACUCUGAUUGAAUUACGAGUUUAUCAAAAAGAUGUAGUACGCAGAGCUAGAAAAUUACUGGGGGAAAUUGGAGGAUCUGUAGGUGCAUAUUCUUUAUCACAAGGUGUACCUGGAAUCCAACAAACCGUCGCGGAUUAUAUUACUAAAAGAGAUAGCGGUGAGGUAGCUUAUCCAGAGGAUAUUUUUCUUACAACUGGUGCAUCAUCUGCUGUUUCAUUUAUCUUACCGAUGUUUUGCAAUGGUCCAACAACUGGUGUUUUAAUACCAAUUCCUCAAUAUCCGUUAUAUACUGCAACUAUAACAUUAGUUGGUGCAACUGCUAUAUCAUACUACUUAAACGAAGAGGACAAUUGGUCUGUGAAUACCGUUGAGAUGGAAAAUACAAUACAGGAAUCGAUAAAAUCAGGGAUCAAACCUACUACUAUUGUGAUAAUUAAUCCAGGUAAUCCAACUGGUUCAAUUUUGACUGAAAAGGAUAUUGCAAAUAUUAUAAGAAUUUCAGCUAAAUAUGGCUUGCUUAUAAUCGCAGAUGAGGUUUAUCAGGAAAAUGUAUUUUCUGGAAACGAAUUUCAUUCUGUUAAGAAAGUACUACGGAAACUACAAAGAAAAUACCUGGGAUUCUAUGAAACUGUCCAACUAGCAUCACUACAUUCAACUUCUAAAGGUUUAAUUGGUGAAUGUGGCCAAAGAGGUGGAUAUAUGGAAUUAAUUGGAUUAACUGAUGAUGUUAGAUUGGAAGUAGUAAAAUUAAUGUCAAUAUCCAUUUGUUCUGUAGUAACAGGACAGGCACUAAUCGAUAUGGUUGUGUCCCCUCCAAGACCAGGCGAUGAGUCUUAUGAAAUGGAUCAGUUAGAAAGAAAUAAUAUUAAAAAUGAUUUGAUUUCUAGAUCACAAAAAUUGCAUCAACUUUUUAUAUCAUUGGAAGGUGUCGAAUGUUUACGACCACAAGGUGCUAUGUAUCUUUUUCCCAAAUUCAUCUUCCCGCAAAAAUUCAUUGAUAUAGCUCAAAAACUUCAUACAGAAGCUGAUACUUUGUAUUGCAAAGAAUUACUAGAACAUACUGGUAUUUGUACAGUUCCUGGCUCGGGUUUCGGUCAAAAACCAAACACUUAUCAUUUGAGAACAACUUUCUUAGUCCCUGGUGAUAGUUGGAUCGAUUUAUGGAGGAAGUUUCACACUGAAUUUUGUGAAAGGUACCGCUCAUAA